GUUGCCAUUGAUCCGUCUAUUCACAGAACUCGCAUGGGCCUAUUAAAUCCCGUCCGGCUCUAAUAAUAUAUGCAUUCAUUAGAAAAUCCACAUUACGAGCGGCGCAUGAAAUAAGCCAUUUCAUUAUAUUUACCCAUUACCGAGGAGAUCUCACGGGUAAUUUCUUGUGCUAUAAAGGGUCAAUAAAGACACAUAAAGUGACUGUAUGUUUAGCUGCGGGACUUAAUUUUGCCUUAAAACUAGAUUUUACAGGGCACUUAACUACACGUACCAUGCUGAGAUAUCUAUCAGAUGACCAGUGUGUUAACCGAUAUUGGGGUCCCGGGGUCGGCGGAUUAAAAUGGACUUUGUUUUUUUUGUUCCUUGUAGAAAUCGUACACUAACUUUAUUGUCAGAGAAACCAGCAAGUAUCGGUCAGGGAAGUGUUACAUCAUAGAAAAGAGAGAGGAAGAGAAGCAAUGGGAUAAAUGCCCUCUGCUGGCGCAACCAUGGGUGAAGUUCCAGAAGUCUGGCAUACACAGAUGGAGCCAGAUGAAAAUGUGGACAACAGACCUGAAUGCUCCAUCUGUUUUACCAGCUACGACAACAUAUUCAAGACGCCAAAGGUCCUGCAGUGUUCACACACCUUCUGCCUGGAGUGCGUCGCAAGACUAGUUGCAGCACUACCACCGGAGAGCCAACGGGACAAAGUCAUGUGCCCCUUCUGCAGGCAACCCACACAAAUCCCAGAGGAGGGUGUCCCGGGACUACAAACAAGCAAAGAAAUGCUGUCUAACCUACCUCCCCAUUUACAACAUGAAGAGACUGUUUGGAUUGAGGGGACAAAACUUUGUUACCAGCAGGAGCCACAGCCUGAUUCUAAUGAAUCAAACCCAUGCAUAUGCGUUGACAUUGGGUUGACUAAAAAAGAGGAACCCCAAGUGCCAAGACCCCGGAAUGGAUUCCACAGAUUUUGUUGUGGGUGCAGUGACUGGAAAAGACUUUUACUUAUUGCGUUCAUGGUGAUCAUCUUGUUUUGUAUCCUUCUAUGGCCAGUUCAGUGUAUCUUGAAGACAGGAAACCUACGAUGUACCUCCGAGUCCACACCCACCAAGUUGCCUCUCUCUUCUGUACUCGUAACACAAGGUUUAUUCGGGGGACACUAACAGGACUACACUCAAGUAAAGACUGAUACGGGUGUGAACAAUAAUCACUGUGACAUGCAUGUGUCCUGUAGCAGCUGGAUACAGUACAUGCAUCCUUCAUAUGCACUUUCUAUGUGUCUUUAUGCAACCAGGCAAGGAACAAACAAAAGACUGAAUCAGGAUAUCUUUAUGGGGUUGAUAUACAGACAGAAGUUCAUGCGGAGGUAGAGCAUGGUCACAGCCACUAGAGGAGACCACGUGGGAGAUAGUAUAUGCAUGUGUCAAGAACAAUGGGUUGUGCUUUCAAAUAUCAGUCAAAAAAUGCAGUAUUAAUUCAAGAAGAAGCACUGACAGACAACCCGGUCUAUGUCACAUGCAAGGCAAAGUUUAUCAGUGUUUAGAAAUGAAAUGUCAGGUUAUUAACCAAGUCUCUUGUAUACAUGUAAAAAGUUUCUACAAUGUUUAAUAGACAAAUUAUUUAAUUCAUUAAUAAAUAAAUAUAAAACAACAUACUCUCAUUGCUUUAAGUCCUGUAAAUUUAAUAUAAAAUGAAAAAGCUGGGAGGACCAAAGGAUGUAGAGGAGGGAGAAAUAAAAGGAACCACGUGUAUGAACAAUACAAUGCAUACUAAUGUGAAAGGAAACAAACAGGACCAAUAAAAAUCCCCACACUUUUAUUUAAGAUGAAAUAUGUUUGUUAUCCAAGGGUCUUGCAUUUUUACCAAACACAAGUCAAGCAACUCCUAGAUUAAACAAAAUGCAAAAAAUUACUCAAAAAUAAAUUCUGGUUGCGGCAUUUCUACAUGUGGACAUCAAACCUAAUUUAACCUUCUAUCCACAUGGGAACAAGGGGCAUUUCUUGCAGACAAUCAAUUAUGUAUACGAUGCAUAUUUCACACUGGAGAAAAUCCGCCUGGCAGCGUGAAAUACACAUCUUAUUUUGCUACAGGCAGACACACAAUCCUUUGUGCGCAGUGAGGUUUGGAGGCAGGUCCAGUGCGCUGGCAUGACUGUGAAGCGCGGGCGCGCCUCCAAACCAU